GGGAUAGCAGCAAUUCCAAGCUCACUAUCGAAGUGGAAUUGUCGACCUCAAAGCUCCUUCUGGCUCACCACAACCUGCCUCAUAUGUCCUUCCCAUUCUUUCUCGAUCCAACCUCAACUCCUCUGGCGAACUCCUAACCCUCCUCGCCUCGCCUCACCUCACCUCAUCUUCAUUCACCCCAUUGCAGGUUAAAUGCUCAUCGAUUGGCUUUGGCAUGUGAUCGACACUCAGGGACACGUCUCCAUCCUUCACUUUUGUGUGACAUCUUCAAUUUACUACACCGCCAUACUCACUCUACAUCCUGUCACCCUUCACCACCUUGCACAUACUUCUACCACCAUUCCAUUUCCAACCUACUUGAUGUCUAUUCUCUCGGUCAAGACUCGCCGCUCAACCUUACAUCAAUUCGGCAAACACUCAAGGCAGACUGUCCUCACAGUCAAGCAUUACCUGCCCUCCAGACAAGCAGACCAGAACGACCCCUUCUGGCAGCGGCUUCACACCACGUCCGGAGGGCUGUCAUCGCAUGAGCCUUGUAUGACAGCACGGAGUUGGACUUAACCACCUAUCCACACUACUGCACUCUAGCGGUCUCGCACUCUACUUCAUCUCGAGAGUAGCCACUUGCUCAUUUGCAGAAGUCAUCAUGCCGCUAACAAGCCCUUCCGAACAUCGCAGAGGCCGAUUCACCAGGCUGGAAGGUAUUGGUAUGGUACCAUCCUGGCCUCGCUCGUAUCGGCAUCGCGAUAUCUACAGGCCAUAUCCACAUACUCAUGAUGUUCCCACUCGCUUGCGCAGUACGGCAGGUGAAACCGACGAACGGUCGAACCCCAGUAGCAGCACCAGCACCAGCAGCACAGGGCCGGAAAGCUUGACAGAGCAAUGGCCUAGCCACGAAUCCAGAUCCAAUAUCCCGGACUACCAAUUUCCCACCCAGUAUCUGAUGGCGGGAUUUGCUAGACGUCAAACUAUACUACAGGAGCAGGGCGCCAGGCAGCAGGUAGAUGGACAACGUCGCAGACGGGAGACCGCACUACGCGUCGACCAUAGUAAUCAUGCGCGACUUGCCUUACAGCAGAAUGAAAGUGCUGCAGAAAACGAGCAAGACCCUCACAGGCUUUCCAUCAAACGAGAAGUAUCCGAAGCAUCUGAUGGCGAAGCUGUCUUGAAGUCGAUCGACGAAUAUUCCUUGCCUACGAAACCUCAUGACAACAUGUCAGACAACGACACAGAACCCGGAGUUCCAGAGAUACCAGUUGUUGAGGACCAAUCGCCACCCGAGCCUCCAAGACCACCGUCACCUCUUCCUCACUUUGCUGGGAGAUUAAACCCCGACUGUUUAUGCCCAAUCUCUUUGGAAUGCCCAGCAAGGGGAAAUGCCCUCAUAGAUUGCCGCACAUUGGUCUUGGACUACCAAAAAUGGGAAACUCGCGAAAGAGCGGACCGCGUUCCAGAAUUGCCUCCAGACGAUGAGCCAGAAAACGAGCACUUUGUCACCCUUAAGGAUGUCACUGAUGUCAUCCGACUUCUUGACAAUAUCAGUAUUAGGCCACGCAUGUCGAUGGGACUUCGGUCAGCUUUCGUAAAUAUUGACAACUGGGUCGCUAAGAUGCAAACAAACUCCGUCACACAAGAAGUUUUGAACGAAUCCCGAGUCCGUGACAGAAUCGACGCGUUCCUGGGCGAGGAUAACGCAGCUAUGCGUCAAGCGAAGGUCGUGCCAGACCACAUCAUCGAAGAUCUUACCUGGUUGCAGCGCAAAUGGCAUUCUGGCGACCUAAGUGUACUUGCAAGAAGAGGACUUCGACGGACACGUGAAGGCGGGCCAUGGUUCCCGGACCCAAACUGGCCACACCGCCGUACCUCCGACUUUUUCGGUCACGGCCAUCUUGUCAAUGGGCAAACCUGGAUCUAUCGAGCAGAGAUGGUGCGUGACGGUGCUCAUGGGCCUCUUGUCGCUGGAAUCGCAGGCACAACGAAGCGUAGAGCGCGAAGUAUUGUGAUGGGAUACCACGACGAGAGAAACCAGCACUUCUACGCCGACGUCGACGCGGGAGACACGAUAUACUACAUGGGUACAGGACUACCUAGAGCCGAAGGCGACGAUAGGGCCACCAACAUUAGGGAUCCAGUCGCCCAUCCAAGGAACCGAAUCAUAGAGAAUACAAGCGGCCACGGCCCGACAAACGCGACCAUGAGCCUAAUUACCAGUUAUAGGAAAGGGCGCGACCCAGUACGUGUCUUCAGGUCUCAUUGCGCGUCGGAGAAGUGUCCAUUGCGUCCGGAACGGGGGUAUCGUUACGAUGGGUUAUACCGGGUUGAGUGGUUUCAAUUGGAGAAGCAAGAGCGUCAGAUUUACAAGUUCAAGCUGGUGAGGUUGACGACCGGGCAGGGUCCGCUGCGGCUGAAUCUGUCGCCGCCAUUGCCGGAGAAGAAGAGGAAGCGGAAGACGAUUGAUGAACGCAAUUGGCGUGGACGGAGCGAGAUUUACGGCUGAAAGGGGAUACAUCGUUCUUGGAGGUGGAGGUGGAGGGUUGAGAUGGACACUGUUCCUCUGGGCACAUCCCGUGCUACGCUCGCAUAUACAAGAGCAGGGCGCCUUUUUGUCAUGAUUUGGAGCUUGGCGUGUGGUAUCUUUCGACAUUGGGGACAUUUCUUGACGCGUGCUGUGAUCUGCUGCCUGAGAAUAUCAACAACUUGCUGGGCAACACUGCUGACUUGGUCUGCUCGGAAAGAGCGGGCACGUGGCGCUACGAAGCGAACGUGGACAGAAUACUGUCGUCUUCUUCAUGCUUGAGAUGGUGGAUCAGCUCUGCUCAAUUCUCUGCAAACGACAAGCAGGAUUUAGAGAUUGGAUGAUGCCUUUGAGCAUUUGCAUUGCUCUUUCUCUUGCUAUUGUACACUACACUACAGAAAAUCUGAGCUUGUAUAGAG